AUGAUGCAGAAAACGAAGAUCUCCACGUAUGACAAGAUGUGGGAGUUCAUGAGCAGUCGAAGACAUUCGGUGAUGGUGAAGAGCAUCGAGGAAGGAAUUGAACGUGUGCUCACCUCUGAUUAUGCUUUCCUAAUGGAGUCCACCACCAUCGAAUUUGUCACUCAGCGCAACUGCAACCUCACGCAGAUCGGAGGCCUCAUAGACUCCAAGGCCUACGGAGUCGGCACCCCAAUGGGGUCCCCGUACCGAGAUAAGAUCACCAUCGCAAUCCUGCAGCUACAGGAGGAAGGGAAGCUGCACAUGAUGAAGGAGAAGUGGUGGCGAGGAAACGGCUGUCCUGAGGAGGAGAAUAAGGAGGCCAGUGCGCUGGGCGUCCAGAACAUCGGUGGCAUUUUCAUAGUGUUGGCUGCGGGACUCGUCCUCUCUGUGUUUGUGGCAGUUGGGGAGUUUCUCUAUAAGUCCAAACAAAACGCACAGCUGGAAAAGACAGUGCCUGUGUCUGGAGAGCAAACAAUCCUUCUUGAUGUAAGUCUCUGAAGACAGAAGGGCUUGGGCUUUACUUGCUCAAAUGGCCGGCAUUGUGUCAUCUCGCCUCAACAGAUGUGUUGUUCUUUCCCCAUAUCCACUUCACUCGUAUACUUGAUCUACUGAUCUACUGAGCCAUUGAAUGUUUGAAGUGUACAGUCAAUAAUAGUAGUAAAAAAAAAAAAAAUACUUGAAAUGAAUGAA